CAGAAAAAGAUGUACCUCGAUAAAUAACAUCAUUCGAAGAAGCCGGCCUGCGCCUACUACUACUUCAAAACAUUAAGAUUGCUGGCUACAUAAAAUCAACACCUAUACAGAAAGCUUCAGUUGCAGAUAUUCUUGCCAAAAGAGAUUUGAUUACUUGUGCUGUCACGGGCUCCGGCAAAACGGUAAUCCAAUUAAUGAACGCUGUGUAAUUUUGAAACCUUGAUGCCUUCGUACUAACUUGAUUCGAAUGGGUCGAUAUGAACUGGGUAAGUUGAGGUAAAAGUAAUUUUGAGUGGGCACGUCUGUGAUUGCGACUACGAAAAGGUCCAAUUGCAUUUAAGAUACUCAAGAAACCCUUCGUGACAUUCGUUGAUUAAGUCAUCUAAAAUUUCACAUUUUUUCAUAUAGGCGGCGUACUUGGUACCGUUUAUGAACAUAUUGUUAGAACAAGGUGUUUCUGGUGCAUCCCCGCCAUGGUUCAAAAGCCAGAAGUUGUAAUUGUCGCACGCACUCGUGAAUUUUCGAUUCAAAUUCACCGCGGGGCGUGUAAAUUCUCCUACAAUUCGGUUUUAAAAUCUGUCAUAUAUCAAGGAACUGUCACGAGCCAUCAUCGGUCAAAUCUUCAAGCUGGGUGCAAUACUCUUGUCGCGACCGCGGGGCGACUCGAGGAUUUUCUCAAUUAGUGUCACGUCAGGUAAUCUAUGGUAACACAGAUUCCGUAAUGGUGAAAUUCGGUGUACCCACGGUGGCCGAAGCCAUGGAAUUAGGCCGAGAAGCUGCCGCAUUUGUGUCGGCAAAAUUUGUCAAACCCAUUAAUUUGGAAUUCGAAAAAGUCUAUUACCCCUAUUUAUUGAUCAACGAAAAGAGGUAUCCAGGAUUGUAUUGGACCAAACCUGAAAAGUUUGACAAAAUGGAUUGUAAGGGUUUAGAAACUGUUCGUCGUGAUAAUUGUCAACUCGUUGCCAAUCUUAUCAAUAGCUGGUCUGCAGAAAAGUUUGAUUGAUCGGUAAACAAAAAGUCAUCAGUUUUAGU